CGCCUCGCGUGAGCUGUGGCCGGGUCGGUUUAUUUAUGCCAACCUGCCAAUAGGAUCGAGUCCCCCGUCUCGAGACCCCAACCCACCCGGCCCCAGCCCCCCUCUACUACUACUCCUUCCCCCUUUCCUCUCCCCUCCGCCCGAUCCUUUCGCAUCGCGUCGCAUCACAUCGCAGGUUCGCAACCACCGUCGCCGGGUGAACGGAGUGGUUCGCUGCAUCGACCUCUUCCGACUUCGCCUUGCCGGACGCGCGGAGUUCGGGGUUCGGCGAGGUCUCGGUUUGAGGAGUGGGUGGGGGCAGAGAGAGAGUAAGAUCGGCGGGGAUGGCGAGGGAGCGGCGGGAGAUAAAGAGGAUAGAGAGCGCGGCGGCGCGGCAGGUCACGUUCUCCAAGCGCCGCCGCGGGCUCUUCAAGAAGGCCGAGGAGCUCUCCGUGCUGUGUGACGCCGACGUCGCGCUCAUCGUCUUCUCCUCCACUGGGAAGCUCUCCCAGUUCUCCAGCUCCAGUAUGAAUGAGGUCAUCGACAAGUACAACACACAUUCUAAGAACCUGGGGAAAGCAGACCAACCUUCGCUUGACUUGAACUUAGAACACAGCAAAUAUGCGAAUUUGAAUGAGCAACUUGCAGAAGCAAGCCUUCGACUUAGGCAGAUGAGAGGUGAGGAGCUUGAGGGAUUGAGUGUUGAAGAACUCCAGAAGUUGGAGAAGAACCUGGAAUCUGGUCUGCAUAGGGUGCUUCAAACCAAGGAUGAACACUUCUUGGAACAGAUCAAUGAACUCCAGAGAAAGAGUUCACUGCUGGCAGAGGAGAACAUGCAACUGAGGAAUCAAGUAUCCCAGAUACCACCAGCUGGCAAGCAAGCAGUUGCUGAUACUGAAAACGUUAUUGCUGAAGACGGGCAGUCCUCUGAAUCUGUGAUGACUGCAUUGAACUCUGGAAGCUCACAGGAUAAUGAUGAUGGUUCGGAUGUAUCCCUGAAAUUAGCGUUGCCUUGUGUUCCAUGGAAGUAACAACAAAAAGGUGUCCGUGCGGAUCGGGAUGGAGUUGCGGCCUCAGCGGAUCGGCUCUUGUGUUAUGGACAAAUCCAGACUGCAAUAAUCUUGCAUUAGAAGCGAGAUCAGUUAACCUGGUUUAUCAUCCUUAUGGCUUCAUGAUGCGAUGUUCCGCUUGUACCGUUUGCUAGGAUGUUUAGAUCCACCUGUACUGUUCUUUUCAUCGCUCUUGGUACUGCUGAUGCAAUUUAUGUACCUGUUGCUAUCAUAAGUUAUGUUCUAUGACUAGGCAGCGUUCCUAUUA